ACUAAAGAGUCACAGGUUCGGGCCGCGUCACAUCAGAGGUGAAUCGUCCAUGGUGCGGACAUACAAUGUGACCACUAGGGCGGCGCCGUUCAGCUCCCUCAUGGUGGCCGAUAUUGGAGAUGUCCAUGUGAAUCUAUAUAACGUGGCGGACAGCUGCCGGCGGAUCCGAGAGGCGUACCAGAGGAUAAUGGCGGCCGGCUGUGUCCCCCUGACCCUGGGUGGCGAUCAUACCAUCACUUACCCCAUCCUGCAGGCUGUCGCUGAAAAACACGGCCCUGUCGGCCUGAUCCAUGUGGACGCUCACACGGACACGGGGGAGCAGGCGCUGGGGGAGAAGAUCUACCAUGGCACCCCCUUCAGGCGCUGCGUGGAAGAAGGUCUCCUGGACUGUGCGCGGGUCGUGCAAAUCGGGAUCCGCGGUUCCUCUUACACCCCCGAUCGCUACGAAUUCUGCCUGGAGCAGGGUUUCCGGAUUGUUCUUGCCGAAGAUUGUUGGCUUAAGUCGUUGGCUCCGCUUAUGGCAGAAGUGAGACAGCAAAUGGGAGACGGACCGGUCUACCUCAGUUUCGACAUUGAUGGGAUUGACCCGUCAUUUGCCCCCGGUACAGGGACCCCAGAGAUCGCCGGCCUGACCACAGCCCAGGCUUUGGAGAUUAUCCGGGGAAGCCGUGGCCUGAAUCUCGUGGGCUGUGACCUGGUGGAAGUGGCCCCCGUGUACGAUCAGUCAGGUAACACCGCCCUCUUGGCCGCCAACUUGUUGUUUGAAAUGCUGUGUGUGCUGCCCGGGGUCAAACCGUACUAGACCACAGGAUGGAGGACGAGCAGCAGGGGGCGUUACUACUACCUGAACCGCAGAGGAGGCGCAAAAAUAGUCACCUCCCGCCAUCACGUCAUGGUCUCAUGGUCCAAGAACUCCCUUUCCUGCUGAAGAGACUCCUCCCAAAGUGCCAGGCCCCUCCCUGCUGAAGACUCAAACUCCUCCCAAAGUGCCAGGCCCCUCCCUCCUUU